UCAUGACGUCAGAGGCCUCUGCGUGCCUACGUAUGCGGAAGUCUGGUCGCGCGGGAAAGUUCAGUGUGAGUUCGGCGGCUUGUGGAUGCGUUGCGCGCGCUGAGGUGGUGGAGAUGGCGAUGAGUGUGAGUCGAGUGGAGGUCGAGGCUGAUGUGGAGGAGGAGGAAAGCUUCGGUCCACAGCCUCUGACCCGUCUGGAGCAGUGUGGGAUCAGUGCGAGUGAUCUGAAGAAGCUGGAGGAUGCAGGGUUCCACACCAUCGAGGCCGUGGCCUACGCUCCUAAAAAAGAGCUGCUGAACAUCAAGGGCAUCAGUGAGACCAAAGCUGACAAGAUCCUGGGUGAGGCGGCUAAGCUGGUUCCGAUGGGGUUCACCACAGCGACAGAGUUUCACCAGCGCAGAGCCGAGAUCAUUCAGAUCUCCACCGGCUCCAAAGAGCUCGACAAACUGCUGCAGGGUGGUAUUGAGACGGGCUCCAUCACGGAGAUGUUUGGGGAGUUCCGUACAGGGAAGACUCAGCUGUGCCACACACUGGCAGUGACGUGCCAACUUCCCAUAGACCAGGGUGGAGGAGAGGGCAAGGCCAUGUACAUCGACACUGAGGGCACCUUCAGACCCGAGAGACUGCUCGCUGUGGCCGAGAGGUACGGGCUGGUUGGCAGUGAUGUUCUGGAUAAUGUAGCUUAUGCUCGAGCUUUUAACACGGACCAUCAGACUCAACUGCUCUAUCAGGCUUCAGCUAUGAUGGCUGAGUCCAGGUAUGCUCUGUUGAUAGUGGACAGUGCCACUGCGCUCUACAGGACGGAUUAUUCAGGACGAGGCGAGCUCUCGGCCCGUCAGUGUCAUUUGGGACGUUUCCUCCGCAUGCUGCUGCGUCUCGCUGACGAGUUUGGCGUUGCUGUGGUCAUCAGUAAUCAGGUGGUCGCGCAGGUGGACGGAGCGGCCAUGUUCUCCGCAGAUCCUAAAAAACCCAUCGGAGGAAAUAUUUUAGCGCACGCCUCCACCACCAGGCUGUAUUUGAGGAAGGGGCGUGGUGAAACUCGGAUCUGUAAGAUUUACGACUCUCCCUGCUUACCCGAGGCCGAGGCCAUGUUCGCCAUCAACGCAGACGGAGUCGGAGACGCUAAAGACUAAAGAACCAACGGGGUGUGUGUGUGUGUGUGUGUGUGUGUGUGUGUGUGUGUGUGAGGGACAGACUUUAACUAAAACAUGGUGAUGGAUGCACUCGUGUAUACACACACACACACACACACACAUCAGGCUGACGAAUCUUUCGGUGUGGGGGGGGGAUGUGUCAGAGAGAGGGCAUUACAUUUGUUUCAGUUUUUCUUUAUGUUGAUAAAACGAUAAACUACAUUUCAGUUGUUUUUCUGUUCGUCAUUUCUGGAUUUUUCUUUGUACUUCUUUCUGUAUAUAAAAUGAUUAAAUGUUUUAUUGCUG